AUGCAACUCGCCUACCUCCUCGCUUGCCUCGCGGCACCGGUCGCCAUUUACGCGCAGCCCGACGCCGGCGACAUGGCGUCGACGCUUCGUCUCGUCGAUGGCAACAUUGCGCAGCUCAUUGCGGACAUGCAGACGAUCGCCAAGGACGGUCUCAACGAAACGCUGCGCGACAGCAUCAAGUUCAACCUCGAACAAGCCAACGCGCUUGCGCUCCACAACCUCAACGGUAGUGAAGUGAUGCUCCAGGACGUCGCGCGGGCCACCAAGCCGUCCAAGCUUGAAGCGUUCGACCCGGCUCAGGGCAUGGAUAUUGCCAACGGCGUCCAGCAAGCGGUCCAGCAAGUGCUUUCGCUUUUGGACCCGAACCCCAAGGUGUGCAUGCGCAAGCCUGUCGGGCGUGGUGUCGGCACGGUGCUCGCGAACCAAUGUCUUGCGGGCGAAGAGCCGUGGGGCGCGCUCUGCUACCCAAAGUGCAAAGACGGCUACGAGAACGUGGGUUGCUGCAUCUGCCGCAAGAAGGGCUGCGGCGGCGUUCAAGGCGUCACCGACAUUGGUAUGUCGUGCACCAAGCCCAAGGCGUACGGCCGCGGCUCGGGCUACGCGCUCUGGAAUCAAGACAAGUGCAACCGUGAAAACAAGCAAGGCUGCGAGAAGAACGGCCUCAUGUGGUACCCCAAGUGUGAGAAGGGCUACCAUGCGUUUGGCUGCUGCAUCUGCACCCCCGACUGCCCCGCCGGCUCGCACGACGACGGCGCGUUCUGCCGCAAGGACCAUAUGGUCGGCCUUGAACAAAGCGGCUUGCUUUGCUAUCCCAAGUGCGACGAGGGCUACAUGGGUCUUGGCCCGCUCUGCUGGCCCAAGUGCACGGGCGAGACGCCGUUCCGGUGCGGCCUCUUUUGCGCGUCGUCGAGCGCAACCUGUGCGUCGAGUACGGUCGAGAUCGUCGGCGCCGCCGUCAAGGUGGCACUGAGCAUUGCGAGCGAAGACGUCAUCGGUGCAAUUGCUACGACGGUGCAAGUCGGGAAGAAGCUCAUCUUUAUGGACAAGUGCCCGUCGCCGUCGCCGUUUACAGGUACCCCGACGACGUCGCCGAUGACGUCCUCACCGACCGCUGCACCGACGACGGCCGCUAUUACCACGACAUCGUCUCCGACAACGGCCGUUGCCACGACACCUGCUGCGACGACGGCUGCACCCACGACACCUGUUGUGACGACGACUGCACCCACGACACCUGUUGCGACGACGACUGCGCCCGUGACGCCGGCGGCGACGACACCGGCGCCAUCGAGCACGGACGCGCCGUACCCUGCGUACACAGACGCGCCGUACCCCGCGUACACGGACGCGCCGUACCCCGCGUAUUAA